AUGAACGAGAACGCACCCAAGCCCAGCGCCGCCUCCCCAGAGCAGACCCGCGAGCUCAUCGCGCAGUUCCAGAAGGACUACGCCGCGGCGCGUGACGAGAUCGCGAAAGUCGUCGUGGGCCACGGCAACAUCAUUGACGGCGUCCUCACCUGCCUCUUCACGGGCGGCAACGCCCUGCUCGAGGGCGUCCCGGGCCUCGGCAAGACCCUGCUCAUCCGAACGCUCGCCGAGGCGCUCGACCUGGACUUCGGACGCGUGCAGUUCACGCCGGACCUCAUGCCCGCGGACAUCACCGGCACGGAGAUCGUCCGCGAGACCGAGGGCGGCGGUCGCGAGUUCGUCUUCGAGAAAGGCCCGGUCUUCACGCAGAUCCUGCUGGGCGACGAGAUCAACCGCGCCACGCCCAAGACCCAGUCCGCGCUGCUCGAAGCGAUGCAGGAGAAGCGCGUCACCGCCGCCGGCCACACGCACACGCUCCCCGAGCCCUUCUUCGUGAUGGCCACCCAGAACCCGCUCGAGCAGGAGGGCGUCUACCCCCUCCCCGAGGCCCAACUCGACCGCUUCAUGCUCAAGCUGGUCGUCGGCUACUCGAGCCGCACCGAGCUCGCCGAGAUCCUCAAGAGGACCACCACCGGGGCGAAGCAGGCGGUGAACAAGGUCCUCGACGCGAAGACCAUCCUCGAGCACCAGAAGCUCGUCCAGCGCGUCGCUAUCGCGGACCACGUCCAGGACUACGCCGUCCGCCUCGUCCUCGCGACGCACCCCGGCGGCGAGUUCGCCCCGCCGAACGUGACCAGCUUCGUCCGCGUCGGCGCCUCGCCCCGCGCCGCGCAGGCGCUCGUGCUGGGCGGCAAGUGCCGCGCCCUCGUCGCCGGACGCCCGAGCGUCGCCAUCGAGGACAUCAAGUCCAUCGCCCUGCCCGCCCUGCGCCACCGCAUCGCGCUCAACUUCGAGGGCCAGGCCGAGGGCAUGACGACCGACGACAUCGUCCGCAACAUCGCGCAGACUUUGCCGGUCGACGCGCCGAUGCCCGCGUCCUGA